GACGCGGGGACAGGUAUGGCUGCGCCCAGUAUCUGUGUGCAGCGGGCCCCUGGUAAAGGGACUUUGGAGAAACGUGGUGGCUGGUCACUGGGCCACGUAUUUUACGGUUCCCUACGGCGGCGACUGUCACUGCCACGACGAGAGACCCAAUAUGACGAGGAACAUCAAUGACCAAUGACAUACUAUGUCGAAGCGCGUGCGGGUCGGUGCCAGGGCCCGGUCAUCGACAAGAGGCGACCUGACCCAAUGAUUGGAGGGCGGGGAGGAUCAGGCUCCAGGGCAGGGUGCUCAACAACCUUGCCAACUUUGUGCAUCUCCGGGAUGCAAUCUCCACGGGCGGCUACCGCGGGAAGUGGUCCGGAAGGGCGAGGCUCCACCAAACGUCCCGGACAAUGGUGCCCCCGCUCCGCGCAGUGCUCCAGGCUUGGCCAUCCACCCCAAGACUUGCGGCCCCUUUCUCCUCACAACUAACAGCUUCCACAUCACGCAUAUUUACCUCUCACGCCAACAACCCUAUAUUCUCAUCUUCCAGUCUUUAAUACCAUCACCCAACACGAGCUCUACCUCACGAGAUACCGGCAGUACUGCAUUGCACUUUGCGGUACACAGUCGACGACCAUUCUUGGCCGCGCCCAUUGCUAAGCUCAGGACCGGAAGGCAGACCGUGCAUCCCCUCUCGCACCUCGAUCCUCGCCUCAAUCGUGCUGCUAUUGCCACGCUACAGACUGUGCCUGGAGUACACAGCUUGUGACUGCGGCUGAGGUCUGGGCUUUAUGCAGCACGGAGUGGAACUGCGUGUGCACGAUUGAGGCUUGGGUCACUCGAGGGGAGCCCGCAGCGCUGCCGGGUCCGUCAGGAUCACAGAGUCAAGGCUGCUCUACGUCGCUACAGAAAGAAAGCCUGGGAGGGUGGGCAGCCUUUUCCCCCGGUCUCGAGACCCAUCACGAUGACUACGCCGCCGCCCCCGAGCCUCUUCUCACCUCAUGGCGGCUGCAGUAAACGCCGCAUCGACGGCUGCCUUGUCGAUAUAGACAACGAGGAUGUGUCACAGUCACCGCCCUGCCCGCGGUCACUCCUGCAGCCGGUAUCUCUGCAUCUUUCUUUCAACAAGACUGGCAUUAUGUCCCUGCGGCUCCGCGUUUCAGUUGCUCUUCGAGACGAUCCCGGGCUCACUGCUAUCCUUCUCGACAUACCAGCCGAUAAAAUUGAAUCCCUUUCUCUCAGCCGGCAACCAACGCUCCCUGAACGGCUGAAGUCAAAAAUACACCGGUCCCAGGCCCGCCUCCAAGUCACUGUCAGCAACUCCGCCGGUAUCCUCAUUGCGCCCUCAGACAUCGAGGCUUUGAACCCGGAAAGGUCGCUUGAUGCACAAGCUCUCGAGACCAUGCAAAUGCUGUCCCGGUCUCGCAGGAUCCUCACCUACCUACCAGUAGGUGACAACCUGUGGGAAUAUGUUUCUGCAGCUCAGGGGACAGCCGUGUCCAACCUAGCAAUGUCCUUAGAGCUUCUCCUCCAGGUCGCCGAGAGCCCCGUCCACCUAGACCUGAUGACGCUCUACGCUGGCAAGGGCGGCAGGAUCAUCUCGUCUAGCGAGGCAUUUGGACAACCAGUCAUCGAAGAUGAUGCCCAGGAUAGCAGUUCUGUUGGCGAUGGAAGCUCCACGCAAGAGGCCGACCUUCCUCCGUCAUACAAUGACACUGUUCCACACGGUGCCGCGAAUUCUGCGCGAAAGCGACUGCGGUCUAGCCCUGGCGAUGAUGCUCCGCAGUCCCGGAAGGGCGAAGCAUCAGACGACAAGGCCGGAAGACUUGAUGGUCUGCGUGAAGCCUGGGAUCAGGCGGGUGCGAUGAUAGAGAAAUUGCGUGAAUCGACCGCGGCGGCCGCGGCGAUGGACGCAAGGCUCAGGGCCACCGUGCUGGAGCUCAAGAAGGCACAACAACAAAAGAGCCCUCCGCCUAAUGCGGCCUCGUCUCCCGCGGCUUCCACUGCCGAAACAGCGUCCCACACAAGCUCUGUCUCCGAGACCAUGUCCGAAAAGCUGAAGUCUUACCUCGAUGAUCGGUUGGCACGGUUUUCGCAGGACAUGCGGAUGUACUACAACAGAAGACUCGAACAGAGGCUCGACGAGGUGCUUGCGGACUACUCGACUAUCGAAUACAUGGAACAACAUGUAUGGUUGGAGUUUGGGGAGUUGGCUGUCGAUUUUGUAGACGAACAUGAGAUGUGGGAUGCUAUCCAGGAAGCAGUGGACAAGGUGGAAGAAAACAUGCGAACUAGGAUGCUUGAUGCCUGGACGUGAAACAUGACGUACUGAAGAUAGUUACCGAGUUUAAUAUAUAUAUGCGGAUCAAGCAAAACCUCCCAACGAAAUCAACAAUUGUUUAUCGAA